CAGGUCGCUUUCUCGACAACCGACGAUGAGUGUACUUGACACUUCCUAGUUCCAACUAAUUCCUUGCAAUUUACAAAAUACUGCUUACAAAUCAGAGUGAAUUAUCUGGUGUGGUGGCCUCGGGGGUUAGAUCUCAUUCUCCUCCAUCACUCCCACUCCCACUCCCGCUCCCGCUCCUCAGAAUCAUCUCACAUUUUUGGUCUUCCAUCAAUUUACCAGAGCAGAGCAAAGAAUUCUCAAGUACUUUUUUAAAAAUAGAAAAAAAAAACAAAAAGAAUGAUGGAGUCUCAGUCGUCGUCGUCAGACGAAGAAGACGAUCGACAGCAUCUAAUCGAACAGAACGAAAGAAGAGGCCUCCCUCACUCCCCUUCCAAGUCCCCCCGCCACUCCUCCUCCGCCUUCCAAAUUGACUUCCCCCGACUCCCCAACUCUCGCUUCACUUCUGUUGCAAGCUUCUUCAACAAUAAAAGGUACCUCUUCGCCGUUUUCCUUCCUCUCCUCCUCCUCCUCCUCCUCCUCUACUUUACCACCGACAUUAGGAACCUCUUCCAUACCACCACCCCCAUUUCCAACCUUCUUUAUGAUUCCUCCUCGCUUAAUCGCAUGCGCCAGUCCGAGCUCCAUGCUCUUUACCUCCUCAAGCAGCAACAGCUUGGCCUUUUCACCCUCUGGAAUCGCACCACCCUCCUCCCACAUAACCCUCUUAAUUUUUCUGUAAAUCCCACCAAUGCUUCUUCUAACCUUGUCGAUUCUUUACCUUUAUCCUCUCCUGCUCUUUUAGAAGAUUUGAAAUCCGAUCUGCUCCGCCAUAUUUCAUUGAAUAAGCAGAUUCAACAAGUUUUGUUGUCGUCCCAUCGUUUGGGAGAUCCGCUAGAUUCCUUGUCCAGUAAUACCUCUACGGACCCCACCCUGGGAGCAGGUUUUGACGGAUGCAGGAAGGUGGACCGGGGGCCUUCGUCCCAGAGGAGAACAAUCGAUUGGAAUCCCAAAUCCAAUAUGUACUUGUUUGCAAUGUGCGUGUCGGGACAGAUGUCCAACCAUCUCAUUUGCUUGGAGAAGCAUAUGUUUUUCGCGGCUGCGCUCAACCGAGCUCUGGUUAUUCCCAGCUCCAAAGUUGAUUACGAGUUUCAUAGGGUGUUGGAUAUUGAUCACAUCAAUAAAUGUUUGGGAAGGAAAGUCGUGGUUACUUUUGAGGAGUUUGCGGCGAGUAGAAAGAAUCGUCCGCGUAUAGAUAAGUUCCUUUGUUAUUUCUCGUCGCCCCAGCCCUGUUUUAUGGACGAUGAACGCGUCAAGAAGUUGAAGUCCUUGGGUGUUUCAUUGCCUAAGCUUGAGUCUGCUUGGACUGAUGACGUUAAGAAUCCAAAGCAAAGGACGAUUCAGGAUGUUCUGUCCAAAUUUUCUACUGACAAUGAUGUUAUUGCGAUUGGAGACGUGUUCUUUGCUGAUGUGGAGAGGGAGUGGGUGACGCAGCCUGGAGGUCCUAUUGCUCAUAAAUGUAAAACACUGAUCGAACCAAGUCGUCUCAUUUUGCUCACUGCCCAGCGCUUUGUCCAAACAUUUCUUGGAAGGGAUUUUAUCGCCCUUCAUUUCCGCCGACAUGGUUUCUUGAAGUUCUGCAAUGCCAAACAACCGAGUUGCUUCUACCCUGUUCCUCAAGCUGCUGAUUGCAUCAAUCGAGUGGUUGAACGAGCUAACACUCCGGUGAUAUAUCUUUCCACUGAUGCCGCGGAAAGUGAAACAGGUUUGCUCCAGUCACUUCUUGUCCUCAAUGGGAAGACUGUACCACUUGUGAAGAGGCCUGGACGGAGUUCAGCAGAGAAAUGGGAUGCUUUACUGUACAGACGUGGGCUUGAGGCUGACUCUCAGGUGGAAGCUAUGCUGGAUAAGACUAUCUGUGCUUUGUCGACGGCGUUUAUUGGGUCCUCUGGAUCCACCUUCACAGAAGAUAUUUUGCGGCUUAGGAAGGACUGGGGAUCUGCAUCAAUGUGUGAUGAGUACCUCUGCCAGGAUGAAGUGCCAAAUUUUAUCGCAGAAAAUGAAUGAAAACAGUUGAUUUUUUGUCCUCUGGACGGAGUUGGCUCAAGCAUAUGCUUUAGCUUUCGAGUCUUAAGCAUGGAGGGUGAUCACCGACUCUGGUUUGUGCUGAAGAAGAUGAAUGAAAAGGAUGAAGAGGGUUGGUUUUUGCUUUGUUGCGCUUGACAGAUGUUACCUUUACUGAUCACUCCAUGGGUGGUUCACCCCUGCAGAUGACUUGACUACCAUAUUCUUUCUGAUAUAUAUAUAUAUAUAUAAAUGUAUAUGUAUUGGUUUUUUCAGAUAGCUGUGAUACGUAUUGUUGUGUAUGAUUGAUAGUAAUAGUUUCGCGAGCAGUACUUGUAUUCUUUCUUGUUUGGACAGCCA